AUGAGUGCCCAAUAUGGUAGAGACCACUGCAAAAUUGCAGUGGUCAAACUUUUACAAACCAUAGGUUGGCAUAGCAUAAACUCUACACCUCUGGAAGUUCUUACUGAUCUUUUGGUCCAAUACCUUAAACAAAUUACGAAAGUUACUAAUGACUAUGCAAAUGAAUUUGGUAACACUGAAGCUAAUUUGGAUCACUUGGGGCUCGCCUUUCAGGAACUUGGCAUAAAUCUGGGGGAACUAGAAGAAUAUGUGACAUAUGUUAACUUUUGUCCUCCAGCUAAUCCCGUUCCAAAAUUUCCAAUAGACAAAGAAGACAAUUUGAAUUUUUUAAAACCAGGAAGUCAAGAAGUUGUUACAAGACCAGUUCAUAUUCAUGAACAUAUGCCGCCUAUGUUUCCUCUCCUAGAAGAAAGCGAACCAAAAGCGGAAGAAGCGACUUCGAUUAAAGAAGAGAUCCUCGACGAUGGUACAAGCUCAAACAACGCUCAGUUUAAGAAGCCCGCCGACGUCAUUUCUCCAGAAUUCAAGCGUCCAAAGCGCGAAGAUGAAGGAGGUCGUCCUACGCGAGAGAUCAGCAGCGUGAUGAUGACGACGUCUGGUUUUCUAUCGCCGGCUAGAGAAGGAAAACUUCCUGAAGCUAAAGCUCCUCUCCCACCGCCACCGGUUGAGCCACCGCCUCCACCUCCUCCAGCUCCAGCGCCUGCACCAGCAACUGCCUCAACGAUGCAUGGACCCAUGUUUAGCGAAAGUGCUAUGAAGAAGAAAAUAGAAAAACGUGAGAAAAAGAUCAAUAAGGAAUUAUUUAAACCUAUAUUUGAGGAGAAGAUGGUAAAGAAGAAUGCUUCUAUGAAAGACGUAGUUAAAAUGAAACAGAAGGCUGCAGCAGCGGCGGCAGCUGCGGCUGCUGCUGCGUCUCACUCGCCCAAUUUAAAUAAUCCUCACUUACCACCCCAUUCUUUACCUUUACCAUUCUUCCAACCUCCUAGACUCAAUGAAAUUAAAGUAAGUCAUGUUCCUCCUCAGAAAUUGAUGAGAGAUACUCCCGACAAGGCAUUAGCCGCGGCUAAAGCUAAGACUGAGAAGUUUAAUACAACAAUAACGCCGAUUCCACUGAAAACGCAUUCUCCUGUGCCACCGAUGACACCUCAAAUGCUUCAGCAGGUAGAAAAACUAUUUAAUGAACCGGAUAAAAAGAAAAUUAAUAUUUUAAGAAAGAUAUCAAAUGUUAAAGAAAAUAAAUCUAAGAAAGAAUCUAGGGCUAAUACACCUAAUAUGAUUAUAGAUGAGGGCACAGAUAUAGUUAAUAAAAUCAGUCUUUCUAGCGACAUCACAAUUGAACCUAUUCCAAUGAAUAGGCGUAGUCCUAGUACUUAUUUCGAUGACAGUUCACCACCGACAACCCCCAGAACACCGGAAAUCGUAUAUCAUCCUAGUCCUCCUAUUCCGAAAGAAAAAAGGAGACGAAAAGAUCCUAAACCCAAAAUUAAGAAACCCAGAAAGACUCAACAUCGUCCUGUGUUUACUGAAUCGGAAUUAAUGGAUAUAAUUGUAAAUAGACCUAAAACGCCAGAACCGCAUAUAAGAUCGCAUAUGGGUCUCCCUCCUAUGCCAUUCCCGUUCUUAACAAGCUUUGGGGGACCUGGACUGAUACCGCCACAGUUAACAACGCCCAUGUUUCCAUUCUCGCACCUCGGAGGCCUUCCUAACUUUGGUAAAAAUCCAUAUUUCCCUCCUUCUAUACCUAAUUUUCCUUCACAGAUGGACAUAACUCCUUCUCCACCGCCAAAAGUUAAAGAACCAAAACAAAUAAAGGAAGUUAAGGAACCGCCCGUUAGAGAACCGCCUCCCUUAGAAAUUCGACCGCCUCCGCCAGAAGUAAGACCACCCCCUGUCGAAAUUAUACCACAGCUGCCUGCUCCUCCUCCUCCUCCUACAGUACAACAACAACCAAUUCAGGUACCUGAAACCAGUUCUAGUACUUCAGCAAUUCCACCACUAGUUCCGACAUCUGAUAUCAUACCGAAAAAGAGUAAGGAACAUAAAAAAGAAAAGAAAGACAAGAUAAAGAAGAAAAACAAGAAAGAUAAAAUAAAGGAGAAGGGCGAGAAGAAAAAGAUUAAAGAGCUGAAAAAGGAAGUUAAGGAAAAGGUUAAACGAGAGAAAAAGAUCAAGAAAAAGGAAAAAGCCGAAAAAGCAGAAAAAGAAAAAAUCGAAGUAUUAGAAAAUCCUGCAAUACCAAAGAUUUUACUUAAAGUUCCGUCUCCGCGACCUGACACGCCAGGAAAGUUAAAUAUAAAGCCAAUAGUAAGGAAGACUGAAGAUAUUAUUCCGGAACGAAAACGGGAGCCAUCCCCGGUCGGACUUGCUAAAAUUUCGGCACUGGUGACAGGCCCUCCCAAACCAAAAUCGACGCUGUCUCCAGUACCGCCCGUUGAAAAGCCGGUAGCCAUCGAGGAAACAGUUGUUGCUCCAAUUCUUAAAACGCCUGGUCGACCUCGAUUAACCCCUACUAAGCCCAAACCUACCCCUAAACCCAAGAAAAUCGAACAACAAACGUUUAAAAAGAUUGACGAGCACGGAAACGAAGUGUGGAUCUGCCCUACUUGCGGUAUCCAAGAUGAUGGUAGACCCAUGAUCGGUUGUGACGGUUGCGAUGCGUGGUAUCAUUGGGUGUGCGUCGGUAUCCAGGUACCACCCGAUGAAAAUGAGAACUGGUACUGCAAACCGUGUUUAGCUAGGAAAAACGAAGACUUUCAAAGUGAUAAAAAGAGAAAACGAAAGCGGAAAGAAAAGAAGGAGCACUGA